AUGCUCAGGAUGUUUUGCUUUGAUGUGAAGUGUGUUUCUGCUGAUUCAGAUGAAGAGAAGAUCACAGUGUUGGAGGGAGAUUCAGUCACUCUACACACCAAUCUUACUCAAAUAGAGAGAGACGAUCACAUACUGUGGAAGCUAAAAAUGAACAACGAGGACAUUCGUGCAGCUGAAAUUUAUCAUCAAACAGCCUACACAUAUGAUCAAACUGGAAGAUAUGGAGGGAGACUGAGGAUCAACACUCAGACUGGAUCUCUCACCAUCACAAACAUCACAAGCACAGACUCUGGACUUCAUGAACUUCAGAUCAUCAACAGCAGAGGGACAUUGUAUAAAAGAUUCAAUGUUUCUGUCUAUGAAUCUUUACCUGUUCCUGUCAUUACCGGAGACUCUUCCCAAAAGUCAUCUUCAAGCUCAAAAUGUGUGUUGUUGUGUUCAGUGAUGAAUGUGACACAUGUGAGUCUCUCCUGGUACAAAGGAAACAGUUUAUUGUCCAACAUCAGUGUGUCUGAUCUCAACAUCAGACUCUCUCUACCUCUGGAGGUGGAAUAUCAGGACUACAACACAUACAGAUGUGUCGUCAACAACACCAUCACAAACCAGACACAACAUCUCAACAUCACUCAACACUGUCUGCCGUCUUCGGGGCCUUUUUGA